AUGGCCGAUGUCGCCAAUGGAGGCGCCGCGGCAGUUGCUGAACCACUGGAUCUAGUGCGCCUGUCUCUUGACGAAUUCGUGUUCGUCAAAUUACGAGGAGACCGGGAAUUGAAGGGACGUCUACACGCAUACGACAGUCACUGCAAUUUAGUCCUUGGUGACGUUGAAGAAACGAUAUACGUUGCUGAUGAUGACGAUGAGCAGGAAGAAGUCAAGACAAUCAAAAAGCAAUCCGAGAUGCUGUUCGUAAGAGGUGAGUCUAUGAAGACUUUGCUACCCUACCUGAUUCUUUCUAAGAUUCCUAAACGGGGCGAGAAUGCAUUAAGUGAGUUCGCGGAGUAUGUAGAGAAGCAGCAACGAGCGAGCCUUCCAAUAAACGGCAAGAGCAAAGCGGCAAGCCAGGUUACCCAGUACGAGGACCAUGCCGAGCUCGACAUUCUCGAUUCUUUAAAUCUCUCUGAAGCUUCGAACCAUGUCCGGCUAAAAGAGUUACUCCUCGAUGCAGGGGAUGCGGGUGGCGAAAGCCUUAAAAAACUCAGCGAUGUUUUGCAAGGUCGAAUGCUCGAGGGCAACGGAGAGACUCUCUUCGACCUUGGACAGGAAGACAAUGGAGAAACGAUGUCUUUCAAGAAAGAGCAAUGGGACAUCGCGUUGGACAGAAUACGGCGGGCAGCGAAGACGCUCAAGGCUGAUUGCCAAAUGCUGAUGACUCGGAAUAUCGGAGGGCCGUUAGAUGUACAUAUGAACGAUGAAAAAGAUAAAAGCUGUACAGGAAAGCUUCUGAUACGGCAUGAGCCAGAAACUCCGGAAGAUGUGAUUGAGACGAGAAUAGCUGUGGCGGGGAAUGUCGAUGCUGGGAAAAGUACACUACUUGGUGUAUUAGUCAAAGGGAGCCUCGAUGACGGUCGAGGUAAAAUGCGUGUCAAUCUAUUUCGACAUAAACACGAAGUCGAGAGUGGGCGAACCAGUUCUGUUGGAAUGGAGAUCAUGGGCUUUGAUACUCAAGGUGAAAUCGUUACUUCAAAGGUACCAGGAAGGAAGCUUUCUUGGGAGGAAAUUGGCAAGCAAUCUGUAAUCAGCUUCACAGACUUAGCGGGCCAUGAGCGAUACCUUCGCACGACUGUCUUUGGAUUGUUGAGCAGCAGUCCGAACUACUGUCUACUGAUGGUGGCUGCGAACAACGGUUUGAUUGGUAUGAGCAAAGAGCACUUGGGCAUCGCACUUGCCCUGAACGUGCCCGUUAUGGUGAUCAUCACCAAGAUAGACAUCUGCCCACCACAGAUUCUGCAGGAGACAAUAACUCAAAUUACCCGCAUCCUCAAAUCGCCUGGCGCCCGUAAAAUACCCAUCUUCAUCAAAGAUCGGCGCCAGACGAUUGAGACAGCGACACAAUUCAUUUCGCAGCGAAUCUGCCCCAUCUUCCAAGUCUCGAACGUUACGGGACAAUCUCUAGACCUCGUCCGCACAUUCCUUAACAUCUUACCGCACCACGGCCAUUACGACGCCGAAGCCCCUUUCGAAUUUCACGUCAAUGACACGUUCUCUGUACCCUUCGUGGGCACUGUCGUAUCUGGUGUCGUGAAGAGCGGCGUCAUUCACACUGGUGAUUCAGUACUAAUCGGCCCUGAUUCAGUAGGCCAAUUCACAACCACUUCCAUCCGAUCGAUCGAGCGUAAACGUAUCCCAGUCCCCGUCUGCCAAGCCGGGCAGUCUGCUUCCUUCGCUUUAAAAAAAGUACGUCGCAAGGAAGUUCGCAAGGGCAUGGUCGUACUGCCUAAAACAGAGCUGCCGCCUAGGGUGUACCGUGAAUUCGUCGCCGAGGUACUCAUCUUAAGCCACGCCACGACUAUCAAGACAAAGUAUCAGGCCAUGCUGCAUGUUGGACCUAUCAGCCAGACUUGUGCUAUCAUCGAUAUUGAUCGUGCAUAUAUCAGAACUGGUGACAGGGCGACUGUUGCAUUCAGGUUUGUUCAAAGACCAGAGUUCUUGGUAGUAGGUGAACGAAUACUAUUCCGCGAGGGGAGGACAAAAGGGCUGGGGAUUGUGAAGCAGGUAGGAUAUGACAAAGACAACCCGUUGAACCCUGAGGCAAAACAGCCAGAAGAGGGAGAUGGGACUGCUGCGAAUAGCGCUGCAGUGGAGGGAAAUAAGUCUGCAUGA